AUGAAAGAGUGGAAAUUAUUAUUACUUUCAACUAAAUAUUUAUGUGCUUAAUUUGUGAAUUCUAUAGAUUAUUUGGGGGAGAAGCGAAUCAAUGGUACAUCGGCUAUAGUUUGGCAUGUAUAAAAUUAAGUAAAUUUAAAUUUUAAAUUAGUAAUUUAUGUUAGAGGUAAUAAAUUUAUAAUGUAAACUGGUCUUUAGAUCCUUUGUUAAAGUUGUUCAUUUAUAUUAAUGAAUAAUGUGCAAAUUUAUGAAAUGAUCACACAUAAUUUGAUAACUGUGCUUAUGAUUGCCUUAAGAUAUUCAAUUGAAUCUGGAAGCAGGUAAUAUUUCGUAGCUUAUCAAUCAUAAAUUUAGUAUGAAAAUAUUAUUUAAGAUUUACUUCCCUCCUGGGUUGUCAUAGUUAAAUUUGAUAAAAACUAAGGAUAGUUAAGUUUAGAUAAAAUAAAUAGCAAUAUGAAAGCUAAGCUCGACAUUCAAGAUGACAAAUGUUUUCGAGAUUUUUUAAGAAAAAUGAAAGCAAUUCCCUAUGAAUCAGAAAGACAAAGUUUUCAAUCCAUAAAGUUGGAGCACACACUAAUCAGAUUAUUACAAUAGUAAAAGGAUGAGCAUGCAGUCGAGAGAUACUAUGCUGAGAUAGAUAAGAAUGAAAGCAAAACUAAAUAAUUAAAAUUCAAGAUAACUCAAGUUUAUUUUAAAACUUUCGACCCUUCUGUAAUUUUGCUAUUUGAAGAAUUAAAAGAAGAUAAAUAUGAAUCCUUAAUCUAAUAGAUAGAGCAAAGAGACUAUUCUUAGUCAACCUAUGCCAGAAUCUCACUCUAGGUCUUAACUCAGCAAAUUUAGUUGUUAAAGUUUAUCAAAAUGUAUUUUUCGAAAGGAAAAUCACUUUAAUGUCCUACUCAUCUUCUGAACUGUAUCAAUAACUAGAUCCAAAAGGGAUAUAACAUAUUCAAUCUGAACUUUGAUAUAUUGAAUCAAUUUAAAAUUUCCCAUAGGUAAAUUAAAUUCGAAGCAAUUGAAAUUUAGCCAUUAUUGCUUAUUGAAUAGUUGUGUGAAGACUUGCUGUUGACUUAAGCAUAAAGUAAUCCUAAGAGGAGAUAAAUAGCAAUUUCUGAUGUAAUUAAAACUGACAGAGCAAAGCUAAUUUCUAUAAUCAUUAACUUGGUUGAGUAUAUAAAAAUAUUAAUGUCAAUAAUCUAUGGGGAUGAGAAAAUCCUAAGUUAAAGUGCUCCAUUCGGAUUUUAGAUUUUAAUAUCUUUAAAAUAUUCGAAGGCUCAUCCAAAAUGCUUGAAAUUUGGAUUGUUUCAUCCUAAGUUGUACCUCCCAGCCUCUAUUAAGGAGCUAUUUUAUAAUAUAGAAACAGCAAUUCAUCAUAAAAAAAGAAAUUGGAAUUCGAAAAACUAUUAUAGCAUGAUAAAUCAAUUGACUCAUGCAUACUCAUAAAUGUUUGAAGGUUAUAAGAAAGAUAACUAUAAGUCUACUAGUUUAAUGGAUGAGGAUUUAUUUCCCCAUAUUUAAAAACAAAGCAUGUGUUAAAGUUAAGAAUCACGAUUACCCACAGUGUAAAAUCAUAUACCAUAAUAAUUUUAAUUUAAUAUUUUAGGGUAUCCCAUGGCUUAGUACUUGAUAAGUUAAUUGGGCCCAUGUAAUAAAUUACAAUUUAAGAAUAGAUUUAUAAAUUACUCCGGAGGGACUAAUUUGUACAUGAAUUCUUAAUAAACUAAACUAUCUUUUCUUAUUUAUCAAAAUUUAGAUGAAUUUAUAUAAGAAUUAAACUAAUAGGAGAAGCCCAUUUUCGAAUACUUUCAAAAAAAAAAGAUGUUUAAUCAUGAUAUUACUUAGAAAUAAUAUCCUUGUUCUCAAUUUGGAUCCAAUUAGGGAAGAUUUUGA